AUUUCGCAGAGCAUCUCUUCCUUACCCCCAACUUUACGCCAUCCACCACUCACUGAACAUGUCUUACAACUACGGCGGCGGAUACGCACCUCCCCCUGGUGGUCCCCCUGGCGGUCCCCCUGGCUAUGGAGCGAGAGGGGCUACACCUGGUGGGUUCGCCCCACCAGGGGGCCAUGGAGGUCCCCCUGCCGGAGCCGAUCCCCAACUUUGGUCGUGGUUCCUUGCCGUUGAUACGGACCGAUCUGGACAUAUAUCUGCUCACGAGCUCGAGAAGGCGCUUAUCAAUGGAGACUGGACGCCUUUCGACCUCGACACAGUGAAGCUUCUCAUGUCCAUCUUCGACACCGACCGCAGUGGUACGAUCGGGUUCAAUGAGUUUGCCGGCCUAUGGAAGUAUAUCAAAGACUGGCAGAACGUCUUCCGACACUUCGAUCGGGACAACUCUGGUUCUAUCGAUGGUCGUGAGCUUCAGGACGCCCUUCAGCAAUUCGGCUAUAACCUUUCGCCUCACCUCCUCACCCUCGUUGAGCGUAAAUACGAUGUUAAAGCCAGCGGGGUGACCACAGGUUACGGAGCCACUCCUGGUAUUACCUUCGACCGAUUCGUCAGGGCCUGCGUCGUGAUCAAGCAAAUCAGCGAGUCGUUCGCCAAGCUGGACAGCGAUAGGGAUGGAUGGAUCCAGAUCAACUACGAUCAGUUCAUGCAGACGGUUUUGACGCUUCCUUGAUAACCUAUUCAUCGUGAACCAGGCAGAUGGGGCGAUAUGUAGCAGGAUAUGUCUCGCAUUUGGUUGGCAUUGUAAGAGAACUAAUGCUAGGGGAAAGCAGAAAGUGGAUAUGAAGCUUCGAGAUGAACUUGUAUUUAUACAUGUGCUCAGUUUGGCUGCGAAUAACACGAAGUGCUUGUAUAUGAGC